ACUCUGAUGCUACCUCUCAUUGCCUUGGAUUUUUUACUGCCCUAAGCUUCUGUAAGUACUCUUAAGCAGCCCAAACAAAACAAUCCAUUAGGCUACACUAAACAUUUUGAUGUGCACCCAAAUUGAUGUCUUUGGAAAAUAAGAACACUAUGGGCUUUUAACUCAAGGAAGUAGGUUACAUCCCUCCACACGUUUACCUCAUCAUGAUGGCUUAACCAUAAAGAAAGUUCUCAGACCACACUAUAGCAACUCCAGAGGCUAACGCAACAUUUUAGCUCAAGGAAGUAGAUUCCAUUUCUCCUUACAUUUACCCCAUCAUGUUGCCUUAACCAUAAAGAAAGUUCUCAGGGCACAGUUUAGCAACUCCAGAGGCUAACACGACAGUAGCACUAUAAACACAUUAAAAGCUUCUGGGGCUGGUGGACCCAGUGGUUGGUCUUCUUUCACCAACCACCAGGUGGGAACCUUCCGACACCGCAUCAAAGGCCUUGCGCGCGCGCGCGCACACACGGAGAUCCAGAAAGGGGAAGAAGGAAAGCUGGGAGUGCUCUAAGCAAGAGGUGAUGGCAAAGCCUGCCAUGAGUUCCACCCUGAAGAAGAGUAUUAUGAUCUCAGUGGCACUGCUGCUCCUCUUUGCCUCAAGGAAGAGCAUUGGAGGUGAAGUGGUGGUGAAGAUGGGAUGCUCUGGGAAAUUAGGGGACUGUCUUUGGGAGAAAGGAGAGGAGAUGGAGAUGGAGAUGGACUCGGAGACCAGCAGAAGAGUAUUAUGGGCUGCCCACAAGAAGUACAUCAGCUAUGAGGCUCUCAAGAGGGAUGUGGUGCCUUGCUCCAAGCCUGGGGUUCCCUACUACAACUGCCGUGCCCUUCCCAAGGCCAGUCCCUACAGUAGGGGCUGCGAAGCCAUCUCUGAGUGUAGGGGAGGAUAAAUCUAAUGAUGCAUAGAGAUAAUGAGAGCAAGUGGAAUCUCAUGUGUUCUUCUGCUUUGCUUGGAAUGCAAUCAAGUUUUUAUGUCAGUAUAAUCAUGCUUAUAUUAUUUUUCUCAAAAAUCAUGCUUAUAUUAUUUUAAAUUCGGUUUGCAGACAUA